UUUCAGUGUUUUCGAUUUGAAUGUUAAAAGCGCACGCUCGCCCAGUCGCUGUCCAGUUGUUGUCCAGUAAAGUCCAGCAGCGCAGCCGCCGCAGCAUCAGCAGCAGUUCCCUUAAAAGUGAUGUGGCGACCAUAAGAAACCCCAUAACGAUGGUCGAACUGUGUGUGCGUGUGUAAAAAAUAAUAUACUUUGAAAGUCUCCGCCAAAGCGAACAAGGAUAGUGCGCUGAAAAGUGAUAAAUCGUAUGCCAAAGUUGAGAGAAUCUCUGUAAAUUAGCCAAGUGAAUAUAUACCCAAUACGUUCCCUGGUAUUAAUCGCAAGAUAAACCGACUUCUAGUGCCUGAAAACAGCGAAUUUAACACAAAAAUGGAUUACCUCACAAUGUUCUACGACGGCUGGCGGGAUCUGAUGGACAACAAAUCGGACCCGCGAACACGAGACUACCCGCUAAUGAGCUCGCCGUUCCCCACGAUAGCCAUCAGUCUGACAUACGCCUAUAUCGUGAAGGUACUUGGACCCAAGCUCAUGGAAAACAGAAAGCCUUUCGAGCUCCGCAAAGUCUUGAUCGUCUAUAAUGCAGCACAGGUUAUCUUCAGUGCCUGGCUCUUUUACGAGUCCUGCAUAGGUGGAUGGCUGAAUGGCUAUAACUUGCGAUGCGAACCCGUUAAUUAUUCCUACUCGCCCAAAGCGAUUCGCACCGCUGAGGGCUGCUGGUGGUACUACUUCUCCAAGUUCACCGAGUUCUUCGACACGUUCUUCUUCGUGAUGCGCAAGCGGUACGACCAGGUGUCCACGCUGCACGUGAUCCACCACGGCAUCAUGCCCGUGUCCGUCUGGUGGGGCGUCAAGUUCACGCCCGGCGGCCACUCGACCUUCUUCGGAUUCCUGAACACCUUCGUGCACAUCUUCAUGUACGCCUACUACAUGCUGGCCGCGAUGGGACCCAAGGUGCAGAAGUACCUGUGGUGGAAGAAGUACCUCACGGUGAUGCAGAUGAUCCAGUUCGUACUGGUCAUGGUGCACUCCUUCCAGCUGUUCUUCAAGAACGACUGCAACUACCCCAUUGGCUUCGCCUACUUCAUCGGAGCCCAUGCGGUGAUGUUCUACUUCCUGUUCUCAAACUUCUACAAGCGCGCCUAUGUGAAGCGCGACGGCAAGGACAAACCGGCGGUCAAGGCGAACGGACAUGCCAACGGACACGUCAAGGCGCUGAAGGACGGCGAUGUGGCGCCCACCCGCAACGGCCAGGCCAACGGCUUCCACAACUCCUUCUCGAAGUUCACCACGGAUAUGUGCAAUCCGGCCCUGAACUCCACGAGACAGCGCGUGCUCGUGAACGCCGGCAAUAAGUAAGCCCCGCCAGCCAACCAGCCAGCCAGCCAAACAUGAAACACACAUAAGCAUAAAUUAAUUACGCUACCAAUUAAAUUACCGUAAAUUUAAAUUAAACGUAAGCAUAGGGAGCCCAAGCCUACAUCUAAGCCAAAUCGAAUUCGCAUCAAGAUUAAAGACAAGGAAACAAAAACA